AUGGCCGAGGACGCGGAUACUGCCUACCGACGGGCGGUAGAAGCCAUUGAGGUCGCAACUAUUCCUCCGGACCCGGAUGCCCCGAGCUGCCUUAUGUGGCGCUUGAGGCCGAGUGAAGAAGCAGCUAUUCUGGUACAGCGUUAUUUGAAUCCACCUCCGCAGUGGGGAAUUAAAUUAAGUUUAUCUUCCACAUUUCUUGGCCCAGAAAGAUGUAUGAGUCUUGGGAGAAAGCUAAUUUUAAAUAACACUGUGACGACGUUGGAUUUAUCAAUGUGUGACAUGCAGGAUGAAGCUGCUGCAGAAUUUUUUAAUUCCUUAAAAAGAAAUCGAUGUCUAAAGCAUCUCAAUGUGGAUGGGAAUUACAUUUCUGAUAAAGGUGCAUCUGCAGCUGCAGAGUGUGUCCAGAAUUUAGAAACUUUGCACAUGUCAUGUAAUAUUAUACACGAUAAAGGGGCAAUUGAUAUUGCCUCUUUUCUACGAAAAUCGGCAAAGAUCAAAACCCUCAAUCUGCGCGCAAAUCGUAUUACUUUUUACGGCGCUUACAGGCUAAUAGCUGCUCUAGAGCCAGUAUUGGAUCGUGUUUCUCCAGCACUUCGCGAAGCUAUAUUGCUACAGGAACCACCACCUUUAUGCGAUUCUGAAGCGAGUUUGAGUGCAUCCGCGAAACAUUCGGCGUGCCGGACUUUGGAUCUAAGCGGAGAUGUUAACACGGAAAACAAUGUAGAGAAGGCUUCUCAAGGAAAGCGAAACUCCAAUGCAAGUACAGAACCCUACAAUGAAACGAUUCAUACUCUUUGGCUUAGGCAUAAUUGUGAUAUUCCCGAAGAACUUUUUACAAUUUUGGAAACCAUUCUUGCAAAACGCUUUCCUCAACCACCUAAGGGAAUAUCGAAAAAGAAACUUGCUUCUAGGGCAAAAGGAAAAUAG